CAGCGUCCGGUCGGCUGCUGUUGCGAUUGACGCGGCGAUGAGGACCCGUUUGUAUCUGCAGAAUGCAGUCGGCAGGCUGAGCCUCAAAUAACGGCGAUUACGCAGAAAAUCAAAAUACUCGGCUGCCUGGUUCAGGACCGGACGCUGAGCCAACCUAGUGACUUGGAGCUUCAAAGCCAUGGCAACAAAGGAAUCAGAUGCCAAAGCAGAGUCAGCCCUCACCUCAUCAGCCGAUCAGAGCAAACAAGAGUAUGAAAAACCAAACUAUACUCUCAGAUACACUCUUGUGGGACAUGUGGAAGCAGUAUCAUCAGUUAAGUUUAGUCCUGAUGGAGAGUGGCUAGCAAGUUCUUCUGCUGACAAAGUAAUUAUAAUUUGGGGAGCAUAUGAUGGAAAAAAGGAGAAAAUACUUCAUGGUCACAGUCUGGAAAUAUCAGAUGUUGACUGGUCAUCAGAUUCCAGUCGUCUUGUUUCUGCCUCAGAUGAUAAAACUCUAAAGAUUUGGGAUGUACUAUCAGGAAAAUGCUUGAAAACGCUGGAGGGGCACAGUAAUUAUGUGUUUUGCUGUAAUUUCAAUCCACCAUCCAAUCUCAUAAUUUCAGGAUCUUUUGAUGAGAGUGUGAAAAUAUGGGAGGUGAAAACAGGCAAGUGCCUCAAGACUUUGUCUGCUCAUUCUGACCCGGUUUCUGCUGUUGAUUUUAGUUGUAACGGGUCCUUGAUAGCGUCAGGUAGUUAUGAUGGCAUCUGUAGAAUCUGGGAUGCUGCAUCAGGUCAGUGUUUAAAAACACUUGUUGAUGAUGAUAACCCUCCUGUCUCUUUUGUAAAAUUUUCUCCAAAUGGUAAAUACAUUCUCAUUGCAACUCUGGAUAAUACUCUUAAACUAUGGGAUUAUAGCAGAGGCAGAUGCCUGAAGACAUACACUGGUCAUAAAAAUGAGAAAUACUGCAUAUUUGCCAAUUUUUCAGUUACUGGAGGGAAGUGGAUUGUGUCUGGUUCAGAGGAUAACCUAGUUUACAUUUGGAACCUUCAGACUAAAGAGAUUGUACAGAAAUUACAAGGUCAUACUGAUGUUGUAAUCUCAGUAGCUUGUCAUCCUACAGAAAAUAUCAUUGCAUCAGCAGCAUUAGGAAAUGACAAAACAAUUAAACUGUGGAUAAGUAACUACUAAACCCUUUAGAAAUCAAGUAGUAAAGCCAAGUUGGCAAAAAGUUGUAUAUUUUAAAAGAUGUUUUCUCUUAA